AUGGAAAAAAGUGAGUGCAGCAAACGCGCUCCAUCUCACUCAGCGCUGAUUAUUUCGUGACAUUUGGCCGAGGAAACCAAACCGGGCAGUCACACGGCCAGACUCCGCCUACUUUUUAUGUAUUUUGUUUUCGUUUUUUUGUUCAGAAUUUUUUUGAAACAUACAAUUUUCUCAGCUAUCAGGCCGUUUUACCAAAAAAACGAAUGAUGGAAACGUAGAGAAUUAAAUUGCGAUUCUUUUAUGUCUAAGAAUGAGCUUUAAGUCAGCGAAACCAUGUACUUAUUAAGCCCUAAGUAAAACUAUUCAUUCUACAAGGUUUUCGAGAAUUUCAACUUUGCAAAUUCGAGUAAAUGGAUUUGUUUUCCUAUUUCUGUCAAAAUUUUCUACAUUCAGCGUGUUUUAGGGAUGUAAUUUGCGAUUUUUAGUAAAAAACUUGAAACGCCGUGUUGAAAAAAUGAAUGUGUGCUCUAUCGCACACGGGGCCGAACUUUUUCCAUUGACGGCCAAAUGUCACGAAAUAAUCAGCGUGCGAGAGUGAGACGCAGACUUCAAAUUUUUUUUUUUUUUUGGUGUGGGGGCAGCGGAUAUCCAAUAACCCUAUUUUUGUAUUUUAAAAAAACUGUGCCGCAAAAUUGCAAAUUUUUUUGCAGCUGGAAAUCACUCACUGGCUCAAAAACGUCGAAAUCUCAACGUGCAAAUCAUGUCGGAUGCGAAAAAUGUGACAAUUCGAAUGAUUCGCGAGAAGAAAUUGCAAAUCACCGAGAAUUUGCGAAUUAUCACAACAGAAACGAAUUUGGCCGCGGAUUAUUGUUGGAUAAAUCGAGAAUGGAAGAAAAUUGAAUAUUAUUAUGAGAUUUUUGUGAAGUUUAUUCAGGUUUGUACCUAUUUUUCCUAUUGCUGGAAAAAACCCAAUUCAAACGCCCGCCUGUGCAUUUUUGGGCGACGGUGUGUGUGGUGUUUGCAGACAGCUUUUUUACUUAUUUUGCGAAGCAUUCUUUUUCCAGAAAACCCCCAGAAAAAGAAAACAAUUUAAAUUUCGAAGAAGAUCAAGAUGAAGGAAGUCCAGCACCAAAAAGACGAAAAAUUGAAAUGGCCGAUGAGAAUUCGGAGUUUAGAGAUGAAUCUAUAGAUGAAGAUCGAAUUCGAGAAGAAGCUCGCAAAAAAGCGAAACAGGAUAUUCGGGAAUUACCAAAACUCUCCAAACCAUUUCAAAAAUUGAUUGAAAAUUUUGGCGGAAAUCAGAAACUCGAACAAGAACUCCAAUAA